AAGCAAUUUAUGGUAAUACGGGGCCGGUUAUGAUCAUUUUGCACAAACAUAUCUCUUUCGUUCAAUUGGCAUUUGAUGUUGAUGCCUGCUUGAGAGAGAAGGUGAAGCUCAUCACCCCUGCUGCGUCUGCUGCCUCCCUUGAAAAUCAUGUCUUCUAAGUUGAAAAGUCCUGUCCAGACACAGAUGGCUGUUGCAGUGCUGAACAACAGCCCAUGCAGUGGUGGCUAUAAUGGGGAUAACAGAUUGGAAGGGAAACCUCCCUCCUCACCUGCUGGGAGGAGGCGAAUCUUUGUACAAACUGAUAGUGGCUGUGUUUUGGGGAUGGAUUUGGAUAGAGGAGACAAUGCCCAUACAGUAAAAAAGAGGUUGCAGCUUGCUCUUAAUGUUCCAACUGACGAGAGCUCUCUGACAUUUGGAGACAUGGUAUUGAACAAUGAUUUGAGAGCCGUUAGAAACGAUUCCCCACUUCGUCUCACCAGAAACAAUAUGCACAGGAGCUCAUCAACUCCAUGCCUGUCACCCACUGGGAAGGGUCUCCAACAAAGAGAUAAGAGUGGUCUUAUUGAGAUUCUUGGUUGCUCGAAUAACUUUGCUAGAACAAACAAGCUGGUUAAAGAAAUUAUGAAGGCAAUUAAGAAUGGGGUUGAUCCAAUCCCCGUAAAUGGUGGUCUAGGAGGUGCUUAUUAUUUCAGAAACCGUAAAGGUGAAUCUGUUGCCAUUGUGAAACCGACUGAUGAGGAGCCCUUUGCACCAAACAACCCAAAAGGCUUUUUGGGCAAAGCUCUUGGACAGCCUGGCCUUAAGCGUUCUGUGAGGGUUGGAGAAACAGGGUUCAGAGAAGUAGCAGCCUACCUUUUGGAUUACGGACACUUUGCCAAUGUGCCCCCAACAGCACUUGUGAAAAUCACACACUCUAUCUUCAAUGUCAAUGAUGGUAUGAAUGGGAACAAGCUUCAGAACAAGGAAGUGGUAAGCAAGAUUGCAUCUCUGCAACAAUUUGUUCCCCAUGACUUUGAGGCCAGUGACCACGGGACCUCUAGCUUUCCUGUUUCUGCUGUACAUAAAAUUGGGAUAUUAGAUGUUAGGAUCUUUAAUACCGACAGGCAUGCAGGAAAUCUUCUGGUUAGGAAGCUUGAUGGUUUCGCAAAGUUUAGUCAGGUUGAGCUCAUUCCUAUUGAUCAUGGUCUUUGCCUACCAGAGAGCUUGGAAGAUCCAUACUUUGAGUGGAUGCAUUGGCCUCAGGCAUCAAUUCCUUUCUCGGAUGAUGAGCUUGAGUACAUAAGGAAUCUUGAUCCCAUUCAUGAUUCUGAGAUGCUGAGAACAGAGCUACCCAUGAUUCGGGAGGCAUGCCUCCGUGUUUUGGUUCUUUCCACAAUUUUCCUAAAGGAAGCAGCAGCUUUUGGACUCUGCCUUGCUGAGAUCGGUGAGAUGAUGAGCAGGGAGUUCCAACGCCAUGGGGAGGAACCAAGUGAGCUUGAGGUUGUAUGCCUGGAGGCUAGGAGGAUUUUAGAAGAGAGAGAACUGUUAUAUUCCGAGUCUGAAGUAACUGGUCGAGAGUUUCAGUUUGAUAUGGAUUUUGAAUAUGCAGAGGCGGGACUUUCACCAAAGAUAUCAGGAGAUUUUCCAAACAAAUCUGCAUUUCCUUUGGAGCUUAAACAUGUGACUAGUUGGAGAUCGCUGUCAAAAGUAGACGAAAGCAAGGAAGUGGGAAAAUUUGAGAUGGACGAGGAGAUGACUGGGACAAACAGUAGCAAUGUCAAGCAAAAUGAGCAUCACUUUCCAACUUUUUCAAGGCUUUCACUGUCUCUGAAGAAAAUUAGUUUGGGGAAGAAGAAACUGCCACACAACGGUGGGAAACCUGAAGUUGCUUUCGUGGAUGGGGGCCGAAGAAGUGCAAAGGAGUUCCUUCCAGUGACAACAAGCUUUGUGAAGCUGGCGGACAUGAACGAAGAGGAAUGGAUUCUUUUUCUUGAUAAGUUCCAGGAGCUUCUUUAUCCUGCGUUUGCAAACCGAAAAUCUCUCCAAAUUGGCCAGAGGCAGAGACAGAGGCUCGGAACUUCAUGCCAGUUCUGA